AUUGUUACAGUAGUCUGAUCUUGUGUGAAAGUGGAACAGUAUUACCGUUUCGUGAUACAGAUAAAUUGUAACAGAAGUUUCGAAAUACCAGCAGUUCUUUAUUUACGACGUCAGUACGAAUUAAUAUAAAAUGCAGAUAAAUAUUAUACGUAUUAUAUUUAUCUUUUCUUCCGCAUUCACGGGGGUAGUUGGACUACUGCUCAAUUAUAUGGAACCCUAUCUACCUAUUUUAAUAACUCGUACAUACCGUUACGGUAAAUUUUCUAUCAAUGAUUAUCAACGAAUAGUUGCAAAAGUAGAAGUACCUAAAAAAUGGUUUAAACAUUUUUAUAUAUUUGCUGCACCAACUUCAAGUUAUGUAUUUUACAUAGUUCUUUGUAAAUAUUUAUGGAAAGAUAAUAUUACAAAAAAUAUUAUAUGGAUAUUAAAUCUGUGUUUGGGAUCAUUUAGACAACCAUUAGUAUCACCAGAAAGUACAUUUGUAGCAACUUUACUUUUAACUCUACAUUGCUGGAAACGAUUGUAUGAAACACAUUUUGUAAAUAUCUUUAGUGAUAAGAUGAUGAAUAUUUCACAUUAUAUCAUUGGAUUUUGUCAUUACAUAGGGGCCUUAGUGUCUAUUAUAGGUGAAUCUGAUGGUUUUAUUGAAGGCUCAGAAGGAAAUUUUUCUUGGAAAAGAAUAACAUAUCUUCAUUUAAUAUGUGCAAUUGUUUUUGUACUAUCAUCAUAUAUUCAACUCAAAACAAAUUUUAUUCUUAGUAAUUUACGACAAAACAAAGAUGGAAAGAUUAAUUCCACAGUCUAUAAAAUACCAUAUGGUGGUCUUUUUGAAUAUAUAUCAGGUGCAUUACAAAUCACAGAGAUGAUUAUUUAUGUAACACUCUCUAUAAUCUUAUGGCAAAGUUCUACCUAUCAUUAUAUUACAAUUUGGGUUCUAAUUAAUCAGACAUGCACUGCUGUAUUCACUCAUAAGUGGUAUAUACAAACAUUCAAAAAUUAUCCAAAAUCUCGAAAAAUUCUACUUCCUUAUAUUUUUUAA